UUUUAUUCCUACAUGUGUUCUGAUUUACUUUAAGUAUUCCAGCAGCACCAUGUCUUGAAGUGAGAUGUCACGGCUCUCGUACCUUCAACUCCAGUAUUGUGGUAGUCUCUGUGCAAAUUAUUCCUAUCUCUGAGACACUGAAUCAGCUGCUGAGUAUUCUAAAUAUGUCUCUUGUACUCCACCUUCCAGCUUUGAGUUCAGUUUAAAAGGUGCAUGGGCAGAAAGUGAUGCAGUUCACUGUGUUACUCAACUUCCCAAAGGCAAAACUGGACAUCCUGCGGAAUCUAACCUCAGUCGAAAAACAUUUAAAGUGACUCUCGAUAUUCCCUUGCUCAGCUAACACGGGUAAUCUGAAGAUGGCAACAUACAUGUUCUACACAUAGAGCAUCAACAUUUGCUUUAAAUUCUGUUAAUAAUAAUAAGGGUUUUAUAGUUACCUUCACCAGAUUCUAAGUUCACUGCAACUUGAGAACUGUAGCAUGAAACAGAUCAAGACAGGAAAGUCAUUGAACAAAGGUCCCAUUUAAUUCUUAUCCAGGCAAAAUAUAACUGUUGUGUAAUUCACUCCUUGCUGAUUGUUGCUAUCUGCUUUGUGAUUUAGACUGGAGCUGUGCCUUGAAACUUUGUUACUCCACCAAGGAACACAGCAGUUAUGGAACAAUCGGCAUACGUUUCUGUCUGUUAUUCCGUCCAUGUGCAACGUUCCUAAAAAAGGGUCUUACAGAUUUGGAUGAGAUUUUCAGGGAAUGUCAGAAAUGAUACAAGGACCACCUCUUUAGAUUUUGCCAGUGAUGGAGCUUAUAGUCUGGAUCCACGGAUUUGUUAAUGAUUUCUGUAUCAUUGCAAAAUAGCAGCACGGCAUCAACAAGUGAACACUACGUCAGCUGUCUGCUGACGAUCACAAGAUUGUGAUCCUACUACAAAUCAACCACUGCAGACCAAUCGGGACUUAUCCAGCGGAAAUGAUACAAGGAACAACUGAUUAAAUUGUAGGAGUGUUUCCAAGUCCAUCAGUCCGCUGCCCGCUACAUAUUUAGGUCAUGCAAUUGGGCAUCCGUACAUAAUGUGCACAUGCAUAACACACUCCUGUGCUCCACGCAAGGCCAUUUUGUUUGUGGGUACAUCUACAUUAAAUGGUUACGUUCUAUAGUGUUGUGAUAUCUGAUCAUCAGUAACUAGCAAACAAAUGCUGCAUUUCUAAAAAAAAAAAAAUGCUGCAUUUCUGACAAUGCUAUAUGGGGGAAUGAACAGUCUUGGCACAGUGAGACACCAAUUUUUCACAGGAGGAUGAACUCAGUUCAGGAUAUUGUUACAAGCAAUUUCAUGAAAUUACAGUUUAAAUGAAUGUUUAAAUGCCCACUUGUGAUUCUGUUUGGUAAGGCAGCACAGGAUUUUAGGGUUUAGUUCACUUGUUGUCAAUGUAAUUAGAUAAGUUCAUUUAAAACUUCUAUUCAGAGGUUCUCCUUUUUGUAUAUAUGAAUUUUUAUUUUUCUAAAUACCAUCAACCGGCCUCUGCUCCUUCUUUUGUGGCCUGCACUAAUUUAUGUUGUUAUCCCAAAAAUCCUAUUACUCAUUAAACUGUAGAGUAACAGUAACCAUCCGGUUGUUCCUUUGUUACCUCCUGUUUCCUGAGAAAACUGGGCUGUAACAGUUCCAUUCAUCCUGCAAAUUAUUUCUUUUUUUAAACAUCGCACAAAUGCAUUGUCUUCCUUUUUUCAUUAUUUUUAAUAAUUUUAUUAAUUAUUUUGAUUUGUUUAAUUUGAUGCUAACCUAAUAAUAUAAAUCAAACACAGAAUGUGGAUCCUGAUGGAGUCUACCAAUAACUCCAUCCAUCGAUGGAAGAUAAGAGUCAAGUCUGCAGCACUCUCACACUCACUAAAAGAGUAUGUCACUCCACACACAACUUUAAAUGUUCACUCCAGCAUCACCACCAAAUCAGUUUAAUGAAUGUUGAGAAAUAUAAAAAAAGAAGUAAAUGUAGCGGGAAAUAGCCCCUUAUAAUGAGUAAAAAAUUAUAAAUGCUACAGUCAGAUCUGCAGCUACGUACCUCAGUGCUAUUUCUGUUCUGUUUAUUUAAAAAAAAAUGGUUUCUAUUUGCUACUAGUAACAUACAGAAACUGUCAUGUUCCCACAGAGUGCAGUUUCUGAUGAAGUCUAUGAAACACUCCACCCAGUCACCAGAGAUCUAGACCAAGACUACAGCACUCUUGAACCCCUCAUGGCAAAUGCAGAUCUGGAGUAGACAUCAGUGGGUUCAAGCAGUGGUUCAAAUGACACUGGAAGCCAAUGAGAAGAAGCUGAAAGAGGAGUGAUGUGAUUAAUAUUUAAUUUUGGUUUAAUCCCGGCAGUUCUGUACAGACAUUUGGCUUUGGACAAGUAAAAGAAAUAUAUUUUCUUUUUUCAGAAUAUUUUCAGUUUGGUGGCAUCAGCACAGUUUUAUGAUGCUGUUGUGGUUUUGUGUAUAAGUGUAUGUGUGCAUGCAAAAGGCAAAGGGAGGAGCUUGAAUCUGAAAGGAAGAGGAAGUUAUAAAAACUGUGGUUGAACUGACCUGAUCACUCCUGUGCACUUGCCUCUCGCUAUGUAUGUGAGCGCUUGUCUGCUUUGUGCUCUGAUUAUUGUGGAGACGACGACUCUCAACAUAACGGGACGCUUUGGGAAAAAUGUAACAGUUAAUUGUGAAAACUGGAAUGUUUGGACAUAUGUGAAAGAUAAUGCUAAAUACAUUUGUAACAGUCCAUGCAAGGAACACAAACACAUCAUUAUUGAAGCAGAAUAUGGACAAACUAAAAAGAAGAACAGAAUAGAGUUGACCAAUGCAGGAUACAGUUUAUAUGUGACCUUCUUUAAUCUUGAAAUGUCUGACUCCGGAAAGUUUUACUGUGGAGUUAAGAGAUUUGGUCCUGAUGCAUUGAUAGAGGUGGAUCUGAAAGUUAUAGACGGUCCUGUUACAGUCACUGUUAGGUCUACUGUGCCGUUUGCAGAUUUUAAAAGCUCCACUGUACCUACAACCAACUUGGAAAUGAUGACUGGUUUAUCUGACUCAUACACAGACCUUGAUACAACACCUAUUGCAUCAGCUUCACAAGGAAGUGGAAGUGUUCUAUAUCUGACUCUAAGUGUCAUUGUCAUACUAACCACACUGAUAGUCCUGUGGAGGGUUAUGAGGACUGCGAGGAGACGACUGAAAGUUGUGUCAAGUGCUGGUUCUCCACAGGCAGAUGCACAAAUGGAUGCUGAAUAUGACCAAAUCAGACAUGACGACCCACAAACAGAGGCUGAACCUGUAGCUUCAACUGCCUCCUUCUCCACAGCCACAGCUGACGUCGACCCAGACAGUCUCUAUGCAAAUUACUCCUAUCUCCAAGACACUGAAUCAGACGCUGAGUAUUCUAAAGCUUCCAGGUUUGAGGUCAGUUUAAAAGGAGCAUGUGCAGAAAGUGAUCUGGUGUACUCUGUUGCUCAGCUACCCGAAAGAAAAAUUAAACAGGCUGGGGAAUGUGAACCAACUCACUCUGAAAGCACUGAAAAUGACUGCCUGUAUUCCCUUGCUCAGCUAUCACAGGCAAGCUGAAGGUGGCUACUGUGACCAUAUUUGAUUUUUUUUCUUAUGGAAAUGUACAGAUGUAAUGUAUGAAUGUAGAAAAGUCAUUCAUUAAAGCUUCAAAAUAUAGGACUUGAAAAUGUACAGUUAAGUCCAGUGCAAAGACUGAACAAGUAUGAGACCUUUUCUACAUAUAGUGCAUCAAAGGUUACUUUAGCUUCUAUCAGUGACAAUAUCUCCAUACUGUUAAUAAACCUUAACUUGAGAAAUACAAGAUGGAGCAAGUCAAGAAAGGGAAGGCAGGAAGCAAAGGUCACAUUUAAUUCAUAUUUGGCACAACAUAACUGUUACAGCACCCACUCCUGUCUGAUUAUCAUUGUCUUUUUUUAAGAUUCUGUUUCUUUAGAAAGCUGACAAGAUGUUAACUUAAACCAAGCAAACAAGACUGUUGCCUGAAUUACCAACUUAAGAUAAAACAGAAAGUAAAAAAGAAACAACCAAACAAAUGAGAAAAGAAACGAGAAAAUCCAAGUAAUGCCUUAUGAAAUGUUCUUAAUACUAUGAAGUGUUUUAGCUUUGUUGGUUCUCUUGUUUUGUGAAUUCCUCUCCUUAUUCGUAAUUUUGUUGUGAAAAACUAUGUUGUCCCCUCUUGAAUUUUUCUACUGUUGUGGGUGUCUCAUACUAUACUGGUUCAGAUCUAAGAAUUCAAUUGAACAAAAUCUUUCAUGAACACAAAGACAACAUGAGUAAGCACAAAAUAUAUAUUAAUAAAUGCAUUGAAACAAAAGGGUUAGCCAAUGCUAAUAAUAUUAUUACUAAGUUUAAAAAAAAAAAAAAGCUGGUUGUAGCUGGACUAGACACACAGGCCUAAAUACUAAAAUUCCUCAUCAAUCUAAUAAUUAUUUAAAUAGAAGCACUGAGUUAAAAAAAACAAAAAAAAAAAACAAAACACAUAGAAUAGAAAGACUCUCAGACUCUGCAGGUCCACUGUUAAAGACAGGUUAGAUGAGAAUAUUGAUACUAUUCAUGUAUGUGUCCAUUUAGCAUGAAGCUACUGUAAAGUACAGCAUAGGUUAGCAUAAAGUCUGGCACUUCUUAAGCUCACUGGUUAACCAAUGCAUGAGCAGAUAUGUACAAACAGCAAGUGGUGUUUUUGCGGGUGUGACUUCACAGCCAGAUGAACUUCUUGUUAUCAUCACCUUGAGGCUAUCUGCUAAUUCUAAAACUGUAAACAGUGCAUGCUACUGUCAUGUGCGGUGAACUUAGUGUGAAACUGUGCGUUGACUUUUUAGGUGUGGCACAGCAGACUUUCAUUUGUACUCAAGACAAAAAAAGAAUUGCAGGAAACUGUCCUCGGCCCCCAUACCUAGAGGUAGACUGUCUUCUAUUGCAUGUCAGUUUAAGUUGCAGUUGUCAGACUCACCACCAGUCAUCAUUAUUUCAUAGAAAUGUUAUUUUGAACUCGUUCAUACCCCCAUACAUCUAGCUGGGAAGACUUUCCCUCAAAUUUGCAAGUACUAAUAAACACUGCCAAUUUUUUUUUUAAAAUGCUUUUGUACUUACGAUUUUGGCAUUAGUUUUUGGCAUGUACAUUUACAUGUAGGCUUCAUUAUUUGUUGUUACCUGGUGGCGAUACUUUUAUUAAAAGGAUAGACCUUUGUGGUAGCUGCUAUGGAGCUUUGGAACAGCCUUUGUCUCACAAUUUAAAAAAAAAAUCCUCCCCAACUUACAUUUUUAGGAAAAUCUUAAUAUAUUCAUGUUUUCAAUAUUUAUUAGUAGUUCUCACUGUUUUUUAAGUAUUUUAUAUCUAUUUUAUCUUUUCAAAAGUGAUCCUGCACAUCGCUAUCCUGUUUUGCUGUGUUUCAGUAUUUUUUUUACUGUUUUAUUUAAUGUUACUGAUUGAUUUUAAGUUUUAAUCCAUUAUUUUGCACAUAGUUUUGUUGCCACCAAGAUGAUAAGAUGUACAACUCUGUUUGUUUCAAAUGUGCUAUAUAAAUAAAGUUGAUGUGAUUUGAUUUAAUCCCAUACCACAAUAUACAA